AGAGUGCAGAAUAGUUCUAUGAGUGGCAGCAUAUAGACAUGGAGCUUGGAUUGGCCGAUGGAGAGGGUGCGGAGCUGGGUCAUCUUAUACGAACGACGGAUUCUAAAAAUCGGAAUGCGACGCGUGCGACUGCACCGAUUAUAUUGUCGCUCCCGUCACAGCAUGUGUUAACGAAGACAGUAACGUUUUGUGCCUUGUAGGUUUACGUACACACCUCUGCCCGCUCUAAAACAAGCUGGUUUAGGCAGUGGGUCGUGCGCAGGUGGGCAGGCAUGACGUUAUUUUGCCCUCGGCCUAUAAUCUACAUCUACCUCAGCAUCAGGCGCGCAGGUGGCGAAGUGGUUCAAGCGCAGGAAAAACAGCUGACAGCGUUCUGCAGGUACGCAGCAGCGUCCUCGGUAGGACCCCUGUGCCGCCGCGAAGAGCCGGGGGCGAGGCCUGCCGUAGAAACGGGCGAUAUGCUGAAACGGGCGAUAAAAACCUCGGCAUCUGUCUUCGACAGUGUGCGAUUGCUCGCUGCGAAAAGCGGCCGAAGGCGGUGUCCGCGACGCGCCAUGGGGCGCCCCCGGUUGCCCCCGUCGCAUGAUGGCGAGAAGUUGGUGCAGGCCAUGGUGCAGGCGAUGUUGGAGCACAUGUGCAGAAUGCGCAGCAUGGAGUCUCGUAGAAUAAUAAUUACGGUAUGAGAUUCUCUCCGACAUUACGCGCGCAGGCAGGCUGCCACAGCACGCAAUGUCGGAGGAUAUGGCGAACUAAUUUCCCGCCGGAUGGUCGGAGCAGCGUUAGCCAAAUUUAAUUUUUGAUAAAAUUUCGUAUAUGUUCAUUUGUAAGGGUUUUAUUCACCAACCAUCAAACUGGUAAAGUACGUAACUGAGGCCAUCCGGGAAACGAGUGCUGUCAGUGUCGGGCGUUGUUUACGCUGCGGUGCUGCGGCUGCCGUUAUGUUGUAACUUAUCCGUUAGGGUACGGUUACGGUGCGGUGUCUGUUAGUCGACGUUAGAACUAUUUCUCUAAUUUCGCUUCCUCCUCCUUGCUUAGUUUGUAAGUUUGUGGUUAUACGUUUGGAAUGCGUAGUGUUGAUGUUUUGUCGAAUUUGAUGUGUCGUACUUGGACACUUACUAGUUAAGCGCGAAGAUGACUUCUAGUUCAAGCGUUAGAGAACUACCGCCAGGCGAUCCCAAAUUAACAGCAAGCAUUGUAAGCCACUUGAAAUCCCGUGGCCUUUUUGAUAAAUUACGGCGAGACUGCCUUGGCGAUGUCGAUACAAAGCCUGCUUAUUUGAACUUGAAGCAAAGGAUCGAAGGCUACAUCACUAAGUUCCUGUCAACACAGACAUGGACUCCUGACAUGAACAAAAACCAUGUUCGAGACAUGAUGCGCAGGGAAAUAAACGAGUCGGGCAUGCUGUCAGCAGGUAUGGACCAUCUGGUCGACCAGAUAGUAAACCCAAAAAUAUACCAUGUGUUCACGCCCGAGGUGGAGAACGGCGUGCGUCAGUAUCUCGGUUUGAGUUCGGAAAAGGACUCCUCAACCCAGCAACCGGCGGCCGAGACUCUUACCGACUUCAUCAGCCAGCCACCACCGCCUCAAACGUCGGCCUUACCACCACCACCGCCGCCAAAGUCUGAAUUCAGUAUAGAUGAGACAACACAGGACGUCCCCGGCAGCUGCUCUCCUAAACCAUACACAGAAGCGUUGAUGCCUGAUGGCCUAAUGGACUCGUCAUCUGAACAUCAGCUGAUGAUUGUGACAGAGAGCAAUGAGCACACUGAAGAUAUUCCUGCUGAGCUGCCAGUUGAGAAAGCUGAAAGCUAUGAUUUCUGUGAAACUUCAGCAGAACCUGUUGAUCCAGCUCCAAAUGAGGCAUCUUCUGAACUGCCAACUCCAGUAGACGCUCUGGAGUCUGACUCACCAGCCAUCAGUCAGAGUGGAAGUGCAGAUGAUAAGCCUGUCACCGAAAAUGUUGAACUUCCUGCAUCAUUGGACAACAUGAAGCCGGACUCAUUGAAGAACGAACCUACUGUAAAUGAAUUUGACAGGAAGGAUAACGAUAAAGUAGCUGCCAUGACAAAGAUGGAAGUCAAGCCGACGGACAAAGACAAGAAAGAACGAAAGGUGGACUCUGUGAAAGGCAAAGAAUCCUGCUCACAUUCAGGUAGAUCAGAGUCACAUUCAAGAAAUUAUAUAUCAAGAAAAAACACUGACAUAAGCAGGUCAAAAAUGCAAAAGUCUAAUAAAUGUGAUGGCGAUUCCAGUAGGGAAAGCAGAGAUCUGCUGAAAGAGAAAGACAAGUACAGCACAUCUCGGGACAGAGGAAACUCUUCAAGAGAGGAAACCCAAAGGAACAGGGCAGAUGUAACAAAAGAUGAGAGGAGCAAAGGAUACUCAAGCCAGUCCAGUAGAUCAAAGGACAGUGACAGUAGGAAUGAGCGGAAGCGGUUGGAUGAUAAACACCGCCAUUACAGUAGUAGCCAACGCAAUGAUGACAGAAAGCGACACAGUGACAGGCAUUCUCGAGAAGAUAAGUCCAGGGAUCGUUCAGACAGUCACAGGUCACACAGUGAGAGCAGGAGAGAGAAAGACCGUUGUUCCACGAAAGAUUCCUCCAGGCAGCAGAAGUCAAGUAAGUCAUCUGAGAAACAUGGUGAAAGUUCUCGAAAAGAGAAAAGUCAUGAAAAGGAAAAAAAGCAAGCAUACAAUAGGCAAAGUACAUUUGACAGCAAAGAUAGUGGAACUUCAAAAAAGAUGUUAUCUGAAAAGGUUCUGCAACCUAUAUCUUGCAAUUUAUUCCAAGCAACUGAUGAUGCAUCAUUCCAUAUGGAGAUGCAAGAGAGUUUCAGAUCAGAGCCUCCUGAACUAAAUGCCAAUCCUUGUGGUUCAUCACAGCAAGACUAUGAAAAUGUUUGUGAAGAUUCUCCCUUGGCAAUGGUAGAGCAUGUUUCGCAAGACAAGUCCGAGGAAAAUAUUUCAUGUGAUUAUCAAAUUGAAACAAAAGUUAGUGCGAGCAUGUCUGGUGAAAUUUCUCAAGAAACUUCAUCAAAGGCUUACGAUGAACGUUCUCAUGGUGCAUUACAGCUAGUUGAAGCAAAAGAAGCCGAGAUCUUGAGGUUUUCUUAUGUCAGUGACAAGCAGUUUGGUAGCAGUGGAGCUGACUUGCAGCUGGUGAGCACCAUCACUGAGAAACAAGCUGAAGGCAUGCAGAAUGAGGCGCCUACACCAGAUAAUGAAGUGCACUUGGAGAAUAAUGACCAAGCAAGCAGUUCCAGCUUUGCAGCACCACUUGAGCAGAAGAGUCCCACGGUGGAAGACGGACCUGAAGCAUCCAGGCGAAAGACUACCACUGAAAAGCAUUCACCAGAGAAAAAGCGACCAAAGCGAGAAGCUUCAGAUGGCCAUGAAACAGAUGGUGCCUGGUCCGACGUGACUGUCAGCUCAGUGCACACCAGCGAUCUGUCUUCCUAUGAUGACCGCAUCAGUGUGUCUUCAGGUGAUGAGGAUGACAAUGCUUCAUCUAGGGAAAGAAAAAAGAUACCACUAAGAGAAAUUAAGAAAAUCACAAGCAGCAGUAAUGAGGAUGAUGACCGCUUGAGCAGAUCUGAAACAGAGCAUUGUGUGUCUGAUGGAGUUGUGCCUCCACCUGCUUCUGUAGAACAGGUUACAGAGCAGCAUGAACCGACACCAGCCAAGGAGCCCCAGCCACCCUGCCCAGUACCUUACGAGAGCAGCAGCACUGGCAGAGGACUCUCAAACUCUCCAUCCACAGAUGUUUCUGAUGGAACAGCCAAGCCGAAGAUGGGGCUCAGGCGGACCCGCAAGAUUAACCCAAAGUAUGUUUCAGAAGAGUUCUCAUCCAUUUUCACGGAAGGCAAGCGACCAACAGGAACCAUAGACUUCAGUGAACUCGCAAAGUAUGGCAAGGAAAAACACCAUGAGGAGCGGUCUUCAUUACGAACAGAGCCUCGCAAGGCCAUUUCACGGGAAGAUACCUCCGAGGACACAGCAGCAGCCAUGUCAUGUGAUGAGACUGACCAGCUUUCAGAUGCAUCAGUUAAUGAUAGAACACGGCGGCCUGCACGACGAUCAAGUGGGAGUGAACCUCGGGCUAGGUCAGAAUCUGUGUCAUCAAAGUGCUACCAAUCUUCCGACCUGUACAAACCGCGGCCAGUUAUCAAGCCAGGAACUCGGCGCAGUCGGCCUUCGUCAAGUGGAGUGGACACGUCCAAGAAACAGCGGGGCCUCAAAGUAUGCAUCGGGUUCAAACGAGGCAGGGCCUCAACAGCUGGCUCCUCCAGGCGAAAAAGGUUGUGAAGUCCCAAGCUAUUGCUGUGGUGCAUGCACCACUCCCUUCACUCAAGGUCACUCUGAAUGCCCUUACAGGUCUGGUGGCAUUGUCACGUAAGAGCCCAAAACUUCAUGUCUGUACAUCUGUACAUAACUGCACACUCAAAUCAUGUGCCUCUGACAUUUUAUUUAAUAAAGACACUGGAUUUACAAAAA